UCCAACUGGGCCGUUGCCAAGAUCGUCAGGGUCGGUCAUUGAUCGUUGGACCAAGGGCCACCCAUCAGCAUGACGACACCAGCUCCCGCCGCCGCCGCCGCUCCCAUCUACAAGUGGGCAAAUCCAGCGGACGGCGAGUUCAAGCGCCAAGUGUCAUCGUUCCGCGAAUGGAUCGGGUCGGACCGGUUUCCCGCCGCGAAGGGGCGGUAUCAUCUCUACGUGUCGCUGGCGUGUCCGUGGGCCCACCGCACGCUGAUCGUGCGCGUGUUGAAGGGCUUGGAGGACGUGAUCGGGUUCACGUCGGUGGACUACUUGAUGGGGAAGGACGGAUGGCACUUCAGCAGCCCGGACGACACACCUGGGUGUGCAUUGGAUCCGUUCAACGGGGCCAAGUACGUGCGCGAGCUGUACUUGACAGCCGACCCAACGUACUCGGGGAGGUUCACGGUCCCGAUAUUGUGGGACACCACGACCCGCACGAUUGUGAACAACGAGUCGAGCGAGAUCAUUCGCAUGUUGAACUCCGCGUUUAACGAGUUUGCCACGCGGCCGACGCUGGACCUGGCGCCGGCGGCACUGCUCCCCGCCAUCGAUGACGUCAACGAGUGGAUCUAUCACGAUAUCAACAACGGCGUGUACAAAUGUGGGUUUGCCACCAAGCAAGACGCCUACGAGAAGCACGUGGUCGUGCUCUUUACCGCGCUCGAUCGCGUGGAAAAGCACCUAGACGGAAAAAGGUGGCUCGUCCACGACCAGCUCACCGAGGCGGACGUCCGGCUGUUCACGACCAUUGUCCGAUUCGAUCCGGUGUACCAUGGCCAUUUCAAGUGCAACCUCAAGUCGAUCAGUGCAAACUACCCCAACCUGCUCCAACACGCCCGCCGCAUCUUUCAGCUCCCAGGCAUUGCCGACACAGUCGACAUGACGCACAUUAAGCGCCAUUACUACAUGAGCCACAUCCACAUCAACCCGACGGCCGUCGUACCGUUGUGGAAUGGCCCUGACCUGGCCCACCCCAAAGUAGAGGCCCCGCAUGCGCAGUAGAGAGGCUUGUUCUGUCCACCCUGUUCUUGCAUAACCUGGCAUCGUCGGAUGACGCUUUGGAAGGAAAAGCUAGAGUACUUGCACCGUGAAUAAUAAACAAGUUUGCGUUAGCUCGAGUGAGGCUCACGUCCAU